UGAUCCCCAAAUACGGCCAAACCAUGGUGCUGCCGUGUCUCGAGUUCCCCUAGAAUCCCAAAUCUCCUAAGUUCCCACGGCGGGGCAGGGCGAGGCGCAGCUGGAGCGACGAUCCACGUGGGAGGUCUCACCGGCAGGUGGCGUGCUGCGUGCAUCAGCUCGGUUUCUCACCUGGAUUCUGUUUCUUCUUCGCCAAGCAGCUCAAAUUGUCAUCUUUCUGAAUUCCCACGGCGGCGCAGGGCGAGGCGAAGUGACAGUCCGCGCCGGAGGGGCGGCGGCGUGUUGCGUGUAUCUCAUCUUGAUUCUGUUAGUUCUUCGCCAACCAUCUCAAUUUGUCAUAUUUGCUGCACCAUCUACGAAUGGACGAUGCAUCCCGUUGGGCGUGUCUCUACCCAGACUUGGUUCGGCUGAUUGGGUGGCGGGUGCUGGCCGGAGAUCUGCUCGAUUACGUGCGCUUCCGCGCCGUCUGUCCACUCUGGCGCUCCAGCACCGUCUGCCCACUUGGCCGCGGCCUCGUCGACGAGCGCUUCCACCCGCGGCUGUGGGUGCUGCUGCCCGAGGGCCGCGCGCUCUUCCCCGGCCACAGCGAGCUCCACGGGUACGUCCGCUUCUUCAACCUCUCCACGGGCCUCUCCGUGCGCGCACGCCUCCCGCUGUUCGAGGACCACCGCAUUCUCGACUCGGUUGACGGCCUCGUCCUCCUGCUACAGGAACGAGACGGCGCCAUCCGCCUUCUCCACCCCUUCACCGGCGACAUCGCCGAGCUCCCGCCUCUCUCAACCCUCGUCAGUGACUUUGCGGCCAAGUCUAAGCUGUCUUCCAUAUGGGAUCUGUCGGAUUUCAGGAAAAUCAGUGCUACCUCCGUCAGCGUGAGCUCGGAUGGACUCAUCACGGUCAUGAUUCUUCUUUCAAUGAUGGGCCACGUGGCCUUUGCUACCACCUCCGGCGGCAUUGACCGGCAAUGGAGUGUCUCAAGCUGGAGCCUUUCACCCAUGUGGAGGUCAGUGUCGUUCCAAGGAAGGCUGUACAUAUUGCAGCGUUCCGGUUAUAACAGUAGUAACCCACAGAUUCUCCAGAUCGACCCUCCACACCAUGAUAAGGAAAUCAUAUCCCCACCAAAGUUGAUUGCCACAUGCCCAGGCAAAAUCCAGCCUCCAUACCACCUGGUACAAUGUGACUCGGAUGUUCUGGCUAUCGGUUGUAGUGACAAACCCAAUUCUUUGCACCUGUUAGUUUACAGAUUAGCUGACCUUAUCCUAAACAAAUUUACCCCAGUAGAGAGCAUUGGGGGAAAUGUUCUGUUUGCCAAUAUCGAAAGGAGUCUGAGUGUGAGCGCUAGGGCGCUCCCUACCAUUGUUGGCGACACCAUUGUAAAACUCAAACCCAGGGACAUACAUCUUGGGGAGUACCACCUCAAGGGUGCCACAUGGUUGAGGACAACCGAUGAAUCUACUUGUGGUCUUGAACCGUCCCAUAGUAACCUCAUUCAUCGUAUCUUCUGGUGCCAUCAUAACCGGGACAGAAAACAAACUUAUUUUCUAGGGGACUCUACCCCUAGGUUAGUGAGGAGAAACUGGAGAGACGAGGUACAUAUUCCCUUGUAACAUCCAAUAUAUGCAAUAAAGAGACAAUUUGCACUCA